UCGCCAGGCCACCGCGAGCCCAAGGCCCGAGCAACCAGGUUCCAGGUUUCAGUUUCGACGGGCAGACGAAGGAGACUCAAACUCGUUCUCAACGCGCCAUGUUCUUCCCAUAAUCGUUAAACGUCUUUUUUCGAAGAGGUUGCGAGCAUGCCCAACACUGAUUAGAAAGACGAGUAGAUUAUACCCAACGUCGAGAGACCUUACUGUCAUGACAAAAUCAUCCUAACUGUCAUUGUUUUUUUUUGUUUUUUGUUUUUUUUAUCACCCCUACUGUAUGUGAAGUUGGCGUUUUAGGAGUUCUUUUUUCUCUUUACUUGUCCGUCACAAAAAUGCCACUCUUCGGGAAAAAGGACGCUGCUAAAAAGUCCAAGAAGGAUGGCAAGGACGCCGACAAGGAGAAAUCCCACACUCUCGAGGAAAAGUAUAACCUCAAAGAACUACUGGGGACGGGAGCAUUCUCAGAAGUUAAACUGGCAGAGAGGAAAGAUAGGCCUGGGGAGAUGUAUGCAGUUAAAAUGAUUGAUAAGAAGGCUCUCAAAGGAAAGGAAGAUUCUCUGGAGAAUGAGAUUAAAGUACUGAGGAGGCUUAACCACCAAAAUAUUGUACAACUGCUGGAAACUUAUGAAGACAGGCAAAAGGUUUAUCUUAUUAUGGAGCUAGUAACAGGAGGAGAAUUGUUUGACCGGAUCGUCGAAAAAGGAUCUUACACAGAGAAAGAUGCAUCUGAUCUAAUAAGACAAGUUUUAGAGGCUGUAAAUUAUAUGCAUGAGCAGGGUGUUGUCCACAGAGAUUUAAAGCCAGAAAAUUUACUCUACUACAGCCCAGACGAAGAUAGCAAAAUAAUGAUAAGCGAUUUUGGCUUGUCUAAAAUGGAAGAUUCUGGAAUAAUGGCCACAGCAUGUGGAACACCGGGCUAUGUCGCUCCAGAGGUUUUGGCUCAAAAGCCAUAUGGAAAGGCUGUCGAUGUUUGGAGCAUUGGUGUGAUAUCAUACAUAUUGUUAUGCGGCUAUCCACCAUUUUAUGAUGAAAACGAUGUCAAUCUUUUCACUCAAAUCCUUAAAGGAGAGUUUGAAUUUGAUUCUCCUUACUGGGAUGAUAUAAGUGAUUUUGCGAAGGAUUUCAUCAAGAAAUUGAUGUGUGUUGAAGUUAGUAAGAGAUUCACCUGUAAACAAGCGCUUCAACAUCCAUGGAUAUCCGGCAAUGCAGCUAGCAAUAAAAACAUUCACGGUACAGUUUCAGAACAGUUGAAGAAAAACUUUGCCAAAUCCAAAUGGAAGCAAGCCUAUCACGCAGCAACAGUUAUCAGACAAAUGCAAAAGAUGGCAUUGGGGAGUGGAGCAGCGGGUUCAAAUAUUUCUGACCAUUCUUAUAACGGGACAUCUCAGUAGAUCCAUCUUCUUGUCAUUUUCAAUUAGUUUUGUAAGGGAGUUUUAUCAAAAAAUGAUUGUAAUUAACUGUUUUAUUAUCAAUAAUACAUAUCGUUUUAGAUGGGAUAAUUUAAAUGUCAUAUUUAUUUAGUUUUGCGGAAUAAUUUUUAUUGUUAUUACCAAGGGUAUCAAAAAAAGGGUUUUUAU